AUUCUAAGAAGUCUCUUCAAGGCCCUGCCCCUGAGCCCUCUCCUUGUCCACGCACACACACUCACACACACACAUGUGUGAUAACCCAAGAGCCAACUGACCAUUUCACAGACCAGAGCAGGACACCGGAGCGAGAGGAUACACACUCCUUCACUCAUCUCUUCACAGCCAGGCAGGUCAAUAAUCCCCAGACAACAUGUCCGACGAGAUUGAGGAGCCCGUCGUCCACACAGGGCCCAAGGGGGUAAUCAAUGACUGGAGGAGGUUCAAGCUGGAGAGCAUGGACCAGGAGGCCCUGCCCCCCCAGAAGAGGGAGCUACUGAGGCAGAUGAGCUCACCACACAAACCCAAAGAGGAGGCAAGGGGAAGCCUCAACCGCAAGAUGAGCGUGCAGGAGUACGAGCUGAUCAAGGAGGACAUGGCGGACGAACAGUGCCUGAAGCGCUACCGCAAGCACUGCAUGCAGGACAUGCACGAGCGUUUGAGCUUUGGGCCGCGCUUCGAGGGCGUGCACGACCUUGCCGACGGUGAGGCCUUCCUGGAGGUGAUAGAGAAGGAGCACCGCAACACGGUGGUGGUGGUGCACAUCCACAAGGAAGGCAUCAAGGGCUGUGAUGCCCUCAACAGCUGCCUGGAUUGCCUGGCGGGAGAGUACCCCACCGUCAAGUUCUGCCGCAUCAGCGUGGAGGCAUCAGGCGCUGGUGAGCGCUUCUCCGACGAGGUGCUGCCCGCCCUGCUGGUCUACAAGGCCGGUGAGCUGCUGGGCAACUUCCUGGCCAUCACGCAGAACUUCAACGAGGAGUUCUUCGCCACUGACGUCGAGGCCUUCCUAAACGAGUACGGACUGCUGCCCGAGAAAGAGGUGCCGACCGCCGAAGCUGAGGAAGCCGAGGCUGACGUGGAGUGAAGGAAGAAAGGAGGGGAGAAGUGGAGAGGAGGAGAUACGGAGAGUCACACCAUCCUUACUCAACUAAUAGCCCUUACUUUUGCACUAUCAUCAGCCAGUACUAGUCCUUUGUGGAUAAGGUGAUUGGUAAAGGUGAAAGAAGAUAAAUGUAUUGUUCUUAUCUUUAAGAGUAUAGAUACAAAUAUUUGCAUCCCCAAAUUUGAUCGCAGCAAAAUGAAGUACUUCUAAUCUGACAGCACAUUCUGGGUUAUAGCACAUUAUUUGAAUUGAAUUGAAAAUGUUUCUUUCAAUUAUGAUAUUAUUACCUUUCAAUUAUUAAAUUUUCUCUGUAUAUUCUAAAAGUGGUCCGCCAUACUUCUGCACUAAUACUUUAUAACACUGUUGUAAGUCAGGAUCAGGACAUGAAAAAAGAAACAAUAAUACAUUGUUGAAAGUGAAAAUGGUGAUAUGAUAUGGCAUGAUAUGGUGCAUUGUUGAGACAGUACGCAUUAUAUACCACUACUUUCAUCAUUGAAUGCGUGCAAAUUAAUACACCUGAUCCCCAGGUCUCUCACCCCAACCAAAAUUAUUUGUCUAACCAGUGGGUCACAAAUACGUAUACAGUAUAUUUUCUCUUUUGAAAUGUGACAUAGAUAUGGAUAGGUUUACAAGAUAUGUAAAACUUGAAUACAGGUACAUGAAUGAUUACAUUUACUGUAAGUAGUGCCAUGUUAAACACUUCAGAAAUAUUUUAUACAAUCAGUCAGAUGUGAAAAUUGUCUUCAGAUUAGUCCUGUGUAUUGUCAGGAGGAAAAGCCAUCUCCUCUCUAUCCCUCAGCCGUUCCUCAGCUUGAGAGUGUGUGGGUGUUUGUGUGUGCAAGGAUGUUUGUUUGUGUGUGUGCGUGUGUAUGUACUUGGAUGUGUUUUACUGUACGUAUGGAAAAGCUGUUUAGCAUGUAUACAACACCCUGGCUUUAUGUAUAUGCUACCAGUCAAUCCUUUCAGGAAGCGCAAUGACCUCAUGUAAACAGUCCCUCCUGGGUAACCUUGGCAACGGUGCUGGAUAGUGGCUGCUGUGCGUUCAGGUCUGGGUUUCAUCUUGAGAUGUUUGUGUUGGACGGGCUCUUUGGCUCACUGCUCCAACUCACUCCAGAAGGCCCCCAGCUCCACUACUGUCUGUCCCACACACCUCUGUUUCGGCUCACGCCUGCGUAAUGCUCAGUGCGUAGUGAGAUGACUAAUAAAACAACUGAUGGCUGA